GUUCGUUCUAUCUUCUUCUUGGUCUUUUACGUCUCUCUGCUCGAGGCGUGUGCCCUCCUCUCAUUAUGUUCAAAGUCAAUUGACAAAGGAGAAAAAAAACCCUAAUUCGGAUUGAAGAUGUGGGGAUAUGGAGGAAAAUACUAUUGGCGAAAGAGAGACAAAGGAGGAAGAAGUGAAGCGAUCGUUGUGGUGUUCGCUUGGAUGUCUAGUGAAGAACGCAAUCUCAAGAACCAUGUCGAUCUCUAUGAUUCUCUUCUUUGGGACUCCCUCGUUUGCCAUUCUCAGUUCCUCAACAUGUUCUUACCGGACAAAGCUGCGGAUCUAGCUUCUGAUCUUGUGUCUGAACUUGUAAAGGAGCUCAAGGAAAAGCCAGUUCCUUUAGUGUUUGCUUCUUUCUCUGGUGGUCCUAAUGCUUGUAUGUAUAAAGUUCUUCAAAUACUUGAAGGGAUAUGUGACACAGGACUCAACCAGGAUGAUUGUAGAAUGGUUAGAAACUGCAUCUCAGGGUUUAUCUAUGACUCAUCUCCUGUGGAUUUCACUAGUGACUUGGGAGCUAGAUUAGCGGUUCAUCCAACUACGCUCAGAAUGUCUAAACCACCUAAACCAUUUGUAUGGGUAGCCAACGGUAUUGCUUCGAGUCUCGAUUAUGUUUUCCUCAACAGGUUUGAGUCACAAAGAGCAGAGUUCUGGCAGACUCUUUACUCUACUAUAACAAUGAGAGUUCCUUAUCUCAUUCUAUGCUCUGAAAACGAUGACCUCGCUCCUUAUCAAACCAUACACAAUUUCUACACACGUCUCCAAGAGCUAGGAGGAGAUGUAAAACUCGUUAAAUGGAAUGAUUCUCCUCACGUUGGACAUUAUCGGUAUAACCAAGUCGACUAUAAAGCAGCUGUAUCAGACUUCUUGUCAAAAGCAACGUCAGUUUAUUUGCAGAAGACAACAAGUCUUAACAGAGAAGCAAUGAAAGAAGAUACACCAUGUGAUGAUGAGAUAACAGAGCCAACUCAAAGCUUUGGGGCAUCAACCUCUGGUCUUAACCGAAGCUUCAACGGGACUCCACUUGUCACAACGGAUCAUUUCUUUGUGCCUAGCACCGUAGGUUACUACGUGGGAAACGGUGGGUCUGUGCAAGAUGAACAUAAACAAGAUUUGAUCCGUUUGUCCAGUACUCAGAACGAAGAUGAUGCUAAUAAGCCUAAUGGUGUUCUUGGUCAAAUCUUGUUUGAUGUUUAUAUCCCCAAGAACGUUGAGGAUUGGGAUGUGAAGUUGUCGGAAACAACCGGGAGGUCUAGGAGGAGACCAGGGAAGAGGUUUAUACGUAGAUCGAGAUUGUAGCAUCUGAGUUGUGUUUACCAUUUGUGUUCUUCACAUAUACUUUUGCAGUGGAAUUAUAUUUGUUUUCCUAAAUAAAAUCAAUAAAGUAAGAUCCAUUUUGCAGAACUCAAGAGAAUGUGUUUUCUUUGCUGUAUAUACAUGCAGUAUAACCGAAAUCAAGUUCUAUUUUAAAAUGUCUUAGCAGAUUCUUGUAUAACCAGACGAUGAUGGAUAAUGAGCGUGGAGUUGCGUUUGGAGAAUCUGACAAACAGGGCUCAUAGACCUGGUUUUGGUUCUUGGGGUGAGUGAUUGAUGAUGGAGACGCUUCCUUGUCGAUGGUCCUUGGUUUCGUUUCUUUGUUUCUUAGUGUCAGUGUUGGACCACCCACUCGUUCAGCUUUUUGGAGUCUAUUGAUUUUGCUGGGUCUGUAUGUAUACCGGAAGUACUUCAAUGCAAAAAUAGGACCCAUCCCUUCAUUGGUUUAUGGAGAGGAACUUUGAUACCC